GGAAGGCAUCUAGAGCUAGAGCUUGCAAACAAUGUCGAGCAUUCCAUAGUAGUGUCGGAGAGCUUUAAAUACAAAUAUUUUCCGGCUCUUUUUUACCUCCAUAUUUGCGUCUUCCGCUCAACCCUCUGAUCCGCAAAGUGACGUCCCACUACUCGUUUCCGAACCAGCGACGACCGCUUCAGCUCCCAUUGACACUUUGCACUUUCAGGUGUUAAAGUUUAAACCAUGCUGCGACGCGCGCAACCGUUUCCGGGCGGUUCCCGAGGGCUGCAUCUUGCCAGCCAAGCUCCGCGAGUACAAUUGCGGUUCCAACUAUCCCCCUUUUCCUCGCGAACUUCCUCAAGCCUGCGAUUGGCAUCUAUUGCGCCGCGGCGCGCAACGGCGGCCCGCCCAAUAACACCCCCGACGCUGCAUAUAACCUUCUCCUCCAAACCCCCUCUCCAGCCCAACACCCGCGAUACGGAAUUCGAGAAGGAGGGGGCCCAGAAGAAGCUCGAGGCUCACCCAGAACUCGUGUCAUCUAAGUCGUCGGUUCGGUCUGUCGUCGAACAGAGCCAGGCUCCGCCUACAGCCGACCCGGACUUUGGAAAGGAUCUCAAGUCCGAUGUGAAUGCCGUUAUUGAUACGUUUGCGCUGCAGAUGGUGCCGAAAGAGCCCUUCGCUCUUGGCUUGGCUGGUACCUUGCCCUACCUGGCCACGUCUCUUUCCACUGUUUACCUUACCUGGGACAUCAAGACCACAUGGCCAACCGGGUCGACGAUGCUCGACAGCUUCAUGAUCCCACAUGAAGAGGCUGCCCGCUACCUGCAGCUUCUCGAGCCCAUCCAGGUCGGCUACGGGGCUGUCAUCAUCUCGUUCCUCGGUGCCAUCCACUGGGGGCUCGAGUACGCAGAGAAGGAGAAGGGCCACGCGCGGACCCGGUUCCGGUACGGCCUCGGUGUUCUCGCGCCGGCCCUGGCAUGGCCUACCACGUUUAUGCCCGUCGAGUGGGCACUGUCGACCCAGUUCCUGGCAUUCACAAUCCUGUACAUGGCGGACACGCGCGCUGCGACGAAGGGGUGGGCGCCGACGUGGUACGGGUCCUACCGCUUUGUCCUGACUGCCGUGGUGGGCGCCGCCAUUGUCAUCAGCUUGAUCGGGCGCACCCAGAUCGACACGCACCACCCGCGCCUGACGCGGGCCGAGCUGGAUGAUUUGAUGGGGCAACGAGCAGGCCCGAACAGGCCUCACCACAACUGGGCCAAGGAAGAAGCGGAGGAGAGAGAGAAGAUCAAGCAAGAAAAGGAGAAGGAGGAGAGGAGGAAGAAGCAGGAGGAACGGGAAAGGAAGCGGGAGCAGAAGAACAAAGAGCAAAACGAGGCGAGCAAGGGGGAUGAUGGUGAGGACUCUGGCCACAAGAAGAAGCAACGGGGAGAAGACGGGGAGGAUAACUCCGAGAAGGAUGAUAAGAAGCAGGAAGGUUGAGAUGGAGAUGCAAACCGGCGUUCAGCAUCAUUGACUCUGGAGUAUGUCACGGCAGUGGACUCUCUUGGGAUUUCGGCGUUUUGGUACUCAAUUGGUUCGGAUCAAGUUCAUUUUGUUUGGGUCAUGAUAGCUCAGGGGUUGCGAGAGAAUGACAGCACGUCCGGAUGAAGUUGUUAAUCAAUUUCUCC